AGCGACCAUGGCUGCAAACACGGAGCUCGCGAAGGAGAAGGAGGAGGGCGCUUCCGAGUACCAGAAGCAGAAGAAGGUCGUAGGCGACCUGCUCUCCAGCGCCGAAAAUGGCGAUCUGGAGCAGUUGAAGACGACGCUCGAGUCCUUACAGGUCAUGGGCGUCACUGACGUCAAGGAGGCGCUUAUGGACUUCAAGGACGCGCACAAACGCACAGCGCUGCACUUCGCAGCGGCUAAAGGACGUCGCAAAGUGAUCAGCUUCAUCCUGGACCGAGCGCCCGAGUGCGUGGAGUGCGUGGACGAGGAAGGCGCCUCGCCUCUGCUCUACGCAGCCAAAGGGAACGAGUUUGCGGCCCUUAAACUGCUGCUAGCGCACUUUGCCGACCCGAAUACUGCCAUGACGAACGGCACGACGGCUCUGCACGAGGCAUCAGCCAAUGGAUCUAUCCGUACCGUCAAGCUGUUGGUAGAACACAAAGCGCAGCUAGAAGCCACCACUAGGAACGGCACAGCGAUGCACUUUGCCGUCAGUGAGAACCGCGAGAAGACGGUGGCCGAGCUGCUGCGUCUUGGCGCCAAGGCCGACGUCGUCAACGCCGGCGGCGUCACGCCACUAAUGCUGGCUUGUCUGAUGAACAAGCCUAUUGUAGUUAAGGAGCUACUUGAGGGCGGCGCGACACUGUCUUUGACUAUGGAGGGGAACCUCACAGCGCUUCACAUGGCUGCAGAGACGGGCUUUACUGAGGUGGUACAGGAGUUCUUGACCUGUAGACUGGAGGACACGAAGGAGGUGGCCAACUUGGCGUCAGACGCUGGCGCUACGCCACUCCAACUAGCUGCAGGGAUGGGCCACCACGAGAUCGUGACUCUGCUUCAGCCUAUCACGCAGGGCUUCGAGGACGUCGAUCUGGACAAGCUGAUGGCUACAGAGAAGAUCAAACUGGACGCCUACUACGAACAAGCUGCCAAGAACAAGACGUCGACUGCUCCUGCUGCUGGUAACGAGCCUCAGACGACGGAAGAGAAGCUGGAGGCGGAGAAUCAGAAGAGACUUGCGGAGAUCGAGAAGGAAGAGGACAUUGCUGUCCCUGACGCGGUGGAAACCACUGAAGAGCAGGAGAAGGAAGCCACUCAGUUCAAAAGUGACGGUAACAAAGCGUACUUGGCGAAGGAGUACGCUCUGGCUGUGUGUCUUUACUCCAAGGCGAUUGCGAUCACACCCACGGACGCGGUGUUGUACAGCAACCGCUGUGCGGCUCAUCUAGGCGCGGGCGAUGCGAAACAGGCCCUGCAUGAUGUGCGUGUGUCCAAGAAGCUUCGUCCGGAGUGGCCUAAGGCGCUUUUCCGCGAGGGUCAGUGUCUCGAAGCGCUUGGGCUCUUUGAAGAGGCUGCGUGUGCCAUGUGGGCUGCCAUGCAGCUUGCUCCGGAUGACAAACUGCUGAAGCGCCGAUUCCAGGAAUGCGUAAAGCGUGGUCGCUCUGACCACCAGGCCAAGCUGCAGUCUGCAGCUUGAGAUGAUUGACGUGUCAUGGACUAAUAUAUGGCAUCGUACUGAAGAACGCACA